ACGCGCAGCAAUCUCAGACGGUGAACCGGAGGUCCGACGACGGCUACAACUGGAGAAAAUACGGCCAAAAACAGGUCAAAGGAAGCGAAAAUCCGAGAAGCUACUACAAAUGCACGUUCCCGAAUUGCCCAACAAAGAAGAAAGUGGAAAGAUCGUUAGAUGGACAGAUCACUGAAAUUGUUUACAAAGGCAGCCACAACCAUCCGAAGCCUCAAUCCACGAGGAGAUCAUCGCUGUCGUCGGGCGGUGGUUCCUCCCACUCAAUGACGGCUUCAAAUCCCGCCGCCAACGACAUCGCCGACCAGUCAUAUGCAACCCAAGGCAGCGGGCAGUUCGACGGCGUCGCGACGCCGGAGAAUUCCUCGAUCUCGAUCGGGGACGACGACUUCGAUCGGAGCUCCCAGAAGAGCAAAUCCGGAGGGGGGGACGAUUUCGACGAGGACGAGCCGGAGGCAAAGAGAUGGAGGAGGGAAGGAGACAACAACGAAGGGAUUUCGGCAGCGGGUAGCCGGACGGUGAGAGAGCCGAGAGUCGUCGUCCAAACCACGAGCGACAUCGACAUUCUCGAUGACGGUUACCGGUGGAGAAAGUACGGCCAGAAAGUGGUGAAGGGAAACCCAAAUCCGAGGAGUUACUACAAAUGCACCAACCCAGGAUGCCCGGUGAGAAAGCAUGUGGAGCGAGCAUCGCAUGAUCUGAGGGCAGUGAUCACCACCUACGAAGGCAAGCACAACCACGAUGUCCCACCGGCGCGUGGCAGCGGAAGCCAUUCCCUCAGCCGUCCAUUCCUCAACAACGACCAUCCCGCAGCCGCAAUCAGGCCAUCCGCGGUGGCCCAUCAGCCAAACAACGGCGGAAACAGCCUUGUGCACGGUCUCCAGACGCCAUUUACGCUAGAAAUGGUGCAGAAUCCCAACGGAUUCUCAUUCCCGGAAUUUGGAAACUCCAUGGGAAUGGGAAUGGGAUCUUACACGAACCAAACACAGCCGAAUGACAAUUUGUUCGCCAGAGCCAAAGAAGAACCAAGGGAACAUGACAUGUUCAUCCAAUCUCUGCUAUGUUGAGAGAGAGUUUUUUCCUUCUUUUGGGGUUUUUUCAAUUCAGGUAAAACUUGCAAUCCACAAAAGAAAAAGGGCUAUAAGAUCAGGACAGGAAAAGGAAAUCAAAUAAGGUUCAUUCAAUUCUUUUUUUUUUUUUUUGUAUAUUUUUUCACAGGGGUUGGCUGGGGUUUUUCUUUCUUCUGUUUGUAUUGGUAUCCAAUAACAUACCUGUAUGUUAUAGACUAUAGUCAAGUCAUAUAUUAUACCUUCAUUAUAAUUAUAAUAAUUAUUAUUUUUUUGAGUGAGAAA